AUGGCGAUGCAGGUAUUGGCGCUCGCGGGACUUCUCGGUGCUCUUGCAGACGAGCAUUGCUUGCUCCAAAGCCACGCCCGUCAAGAUCUUCGGGCUCUGCGAGAGCCGGUUUCCAAAGUGCCGGAGACCCAGACAGCGCCAGGCGCAUACAAGGACCUCCUGCGCAAUGCUUACCAUGCCUACUCAGUUCUCAUUGAUGCUGGUUCCAGCAAGACGAAAGUCGUGAUCUACCAGAACUUGACCGAGAUGAGUCUCAGCAAGGAGCAGAAGGAGACCUUGAAAGGCUUGAAGCUCACAGCGUUUGAGGACCCGUGUGAUGCCGUGGGCGAAGUGCAGAAGUUGUUGAAGGCCGCCGAGGAGCUCAUUCCCAGCAAGGAGCGAUCAGACACGCCUGCUUGGCUCCGGGGCACGGCUGGGUUGCGGCUCUUGGAUCCCCUUCGCACCGAUGCUGUCAUGGCUUGUCUCAAUGAGCGGAUGGUCAAGCCUGGCGCCACAGAUAUUGACUGGCAAGAUGCCAAGGUGGCAAGUGGAGACAUGGAGGCUGUGUAUGGCUUCCUUGCUGCACGGCACAUCUACGGAGACGUGGGGAGCCUGGAGAUGGGGGGUGCCUCCGCGCAGAUCGCCUUUACCCCAGACACCGCGAUCUUGAACAACGAGUUCGUGUACCAGCCGGGGAAGUCCAUCUAUGCCAAGAGCUACCAAGGCUUUGGGCAGGAUCAAGCCCUGAGGCGCUCCUACGAGCUGCAGAUGAAGGAUCAUCCUGGGAAUGUCCUUCUGCACCCGUGCCUUCCCAGCGGCAAGCGCUUCGAGUACGGCUCUGAGGGGACCACCUACGAAGUCAUUGGAACGAGCGAUGGCCCGUGGUGUGAGAAGAUUGUUCUUUCUCUGAUGCACCGGGACUAUGAGUGUUUGCAGAAGCCUUGUGCAAUCGCAGGGGUCUACCAGCCAAAGAUCUCUGGGAAGUUCAAGGCAUUCUCCGCCUUCUACUACAUGGCUUUGGGUUUGGGCGUGCUCCCUUCUGACUCGUCAGCCGUCCCGUUGAGUGCAAUCAAGAAAGCGCUGGGCCCUUUCUGCAAGAAAUCCUUCCAAGAUCUUGAGGAGGAAGGAUCCACGAAGUAUUCUCAAUACUAUUGCUUCAAUGGCUGGCUUGCUUACAGCAUGCUUUCCUCCUUCGGCUUCGAUGACAAUUCGACAAUGAUCGAGUUUGCCAACGAUGUCAGUUGGACCUUGGGUGCUUUAAUCUACUUGACAGGUACCUCUUAG